GAGUGAGGUACUGCUGCAGUGGGCUUGGCUGACGUCACGGAGCUAUCCCAGCAGUCCCGGUGCAGCGCAUGUAUUGUGGAGCCGGGUGGACAAUGUCAUUGUUGAGGUGCCAGGCUGAAUGGGAAGAGUUGGAUAAAGAAUUCAAACAGCUGCAGGAAACGCACAAAGUAUAUAGACAAAAACUUGAUGAGCUUUCAAACCUUCAGAUUAUAUGCAGCAACUUGAUAAGUAAACAAAAAAGAAGAAUAAAAGAUCUUGCGUGCAAUCUCCGAAGGUAUAAACAUUCUGCUAAUGUAGAAGAAGCUGAAGUUAUACAGAAAUUUAAUAAUGAUAUCAAAGAGCGACGCAAUGUUUUCUUUGAGAUGGAAGCGUUCUUGCCCAAGAAAAAUGGGCUAUACUUGAACUUGGUGCUCGGAAAUGUGAAUGUGACACUUCUUAGCAAGCAAGCUAAGUUUGCCUACAAAGAUGAAUAUGAAAAAUUCAAACUCUAUUUGACCAUCAUCUUGUUACUUGGUGCGAUAUCUUGCAUGUUUCUUCUGAAUAGGGUAAUUGAUGAAAUCUUUAAUUUCCUGCUGGUUUGGUAUUACUGCACAUUAACAAUAAGAGAGAGUGUGCUCAUUAGCAAUGGAUCAAGAAUCAAGGGCUGGUGGGUGUCUCAUCAUUAUGUGUCGACAUUUCUCUCCGGGGUAAUGUUAACAUGGCCCAAUGGGUUAAUGUAUCAGAUGUUUCGCAGCCAAUUUCUAGCAUUUUCCAUUUAUCAAAGUUGUGUACAGUUCCUGCAGUAUUAUUACCAAAGUGGCUGUCUUUAUAGGUUGAGGGCCUUGGGGGAAAGGGAUCACAUGGACCUUACAGUAGAAGGAUUUCAGUCAUGGAUGUGGAGAGGUUUAACUUUUCUUCUUCCGUUUCUUUUCUUCGGUCACUUUUGGCAAUUAUAUAAUUCAGUAACACUUUUUGGACUUUCACAACAUGAGCGGUGCAAGGAAUGGCAAGUUUUUGUCCUGGCUCUCACAUUCCUGGUGCUCUUCCUUGGGAACUUUCUUACUACUCUUAAAGUUGUUCAUCAAAAAUUUCAGAAAAAUAAAGAUAAACUGAAGAAGCUAUGAAUGUAUGAAAGUUGCUAAAUAACAUUGUUGAGGGAACAUGGCAACCAUAUUCCUAUUUUCUCUGUGCUCUAUUUGAGGGUCUGAACACUUUGCACAUUGUGACAGUUGCAAAUCCAACCUCAUAAAUGUUUGAGAAAUCUGAUGCUAGCUGCAUUACAAACACACAUUCUUUGAGAAAGUGACAAUGCUAAUUUGCUUUAAUUUUAAAUGUAUACAUGGACACAAUUCAUUGUACUUUAAACAGGUUUGUUGAAGAUUAAUUUCAAUGUUAUUAUUUCACACUACAUUGAGAAAUGUUACCAUCUUUAAUGUGAUUUAUUUUAUCAUGAACCUGUUCUGAAAAUGAUGUAGAUGGGAUGGGUAGAUGACAGAAAGAGGAUGUGGACAUACAGAGUAAAUGUUUCUCCAAGAUUAGUUAUUUGGUUAAAACUUUAUCAUGUUUUGACUAGAGUUAUCUGGUUUGUGAAAUUCUGCAAUGUUAAAGAGGGGAAAUAAAUUUUGAUUAAAAGUUAAUCUGAACUCACCAAUUAAUAAGGCUGUUCUCCAAUUGAAAGUUUAAUACUGCGCCUUUUAAAAUACAAAACAUAAUAUUCCUAUAAAUUUUGAAUGCGUUGUCUGUUCAUACCUUGUAGAUGUUAUAUUAACAUCAAGUAAAUGUGUAUUACAGUAUUGAAUUAUUUAAUUUACUGAUAAUGUGUGCAUAAUAUAAUUUUUUAAAAUAGCCAUUCAUUCACCCUACCGCUUUGUUUAUUGGAUUAUUGGCUUGAAUUUUGAUUUAAAGACAAUUCCAUGCACUGUCUCUUGUCUGAGAGGGCAAACAAACAACCUCCUAAUGUCCACCAGUGCCAUUUUUAGCUAGUUGCAUUUGCACAGCAUGACUCAGAAUAACUCUGAUCUUUCAGUCUCAUUGCACUUGGGGCAAGUGCCUGGGAUCCAUUUAAUGCCGAUGCUUGAGAGGAAUCAUUAGGAAUUCAUUAGGUUGGGAUUGUGGGCAACCCUAUGUCGUGCUACUUAGUAAAAUUAUCUUGCUGAAUGAAUUAACAUUCUUUUUGAAAUUGACAACAUUUUUACAAUAAUGCUUGGCACAUAUAAGACGCAGGUGUAUUCUCAGACUGAAAUAUCUCAUUUAAUUGCAAACAAUUACAAAUGUUAAUGACUUGCCCAACUUUUUUAACUUCAUUAAUCCAUUUGCUCUUCAUUUAUGCUGGUCUAAGUAUUUUGGAUGUAAAAUUCUGUGAAAUACUCUGUAUUUAUAUGUGAUAUAAAGGUUAUUAAAACCCAUUAGUAUAA